AUGUCGGUGUCACACACCGAGUGUACACAUUUCGUGUGCGCCACGCACUUUGCGGAAUACAAAACAGAAAAAAAAAAAAACAACCGUUUAACGGACGCCUCGUGUUGAUCAAACGCCGCGGUUUUUGGGUUACACGCGACGAAAGACUGUCUUCAUUUCAAUACUUUCCGCAGCGUUUUAGAUUCUGAACGUAUAGCGAGGUGUCCAUAUUGGUUUUACUGUACGGUGGAGUUUUAUUUUUCAUUAUUGUUCUCCCUGCUAACGAUCCCUGCAAUCGUUUUUUUUUUUUUUUUUUUUUGACUCGGUUAAAAAUAAUCGUGGAAACAUGACGUUUUCACGGAAUGACAACUACCUAUAAUUAGCCUUUUCUGGACGUGGUAAACGUUCAAAACAUUUCGAUGAUUGUUGAGCUAUUUCGAAAGGUAUUUGAAAUUUCGAUAGUAAAAAUCACUUUUUAAUGAAUUUGUUUCCGAAAAAAAACCGCCGACGAAAUGUAUACCUAUUACAGUCGUCAUCUAAUCUGUAUCUCCUAAAUCGAUUUAAAAAGUAUUUCUGUCUGUUCAGCAUAUUUAUUUAUUUUUUUUGCCUAGUAUCCGUUGUAACAAAAGACAGCAGAGACGGCACACGCGCUGCUAUCGCGGCGACGGCCUUCACACGACAGUUUUUAAGUGGCGGCAAUUCGACGAGUUCACGGGUGACCAAAACCGCCGACCCGCGAUUGAAACGUAUAUCGUUUGAGGUAUUAUUUUUCGACUCGGAAUCGCCAUCGACACCGAAACCGUCUUCGUCUAAAUCGAUUGUACACUGUCGCGUUGCGCACACUAAUUAACGAACCGAAAACGACUUAUGAGUUAUGACGUUAUGAGGAACCUAUACCCGCGUGUGGUGUCUCUGUCAAACUUACGGGCGAUAUGGCAAAAUCCACCUUACUGCGUAAUAGAACUCGCUUAAUUUUGAUUUCGGAGUAAAAUCACAAAUUACGAAAUUAAAAAACGACGAUAUACCGCAGGGCGAGACCAUGCGUUUUCCCUAUUAUUCGAAUUGUUCGAAUUGUUCGAAUCACCAACCACUAUAUCGUUGUACAACGUUCAGUGCAUGAAAACGAAUUCAUCGAUUUCUAACGACUGUACUAUUUCGAAAAAGUUACUGCCCUCCGGUAUAUUGUCUUCUAUUAAUUCUAUAUAAUGGGUGUUUUUACUCUGAAACCAAAAUCAAGCGAGUUCCACGCAGUCUGCGUAAGGUCGAUUUCGUUAUAUUCCCGUUGGAUGUACCGAAACAAUCAAAUAGCGUCCUUCUAAAAUAUUUUAUUAAAGUAUUUGCUCCGAGUCUGUGGCUAAAUCUGCACGUACACCAACGAUGAUUGCGGAUGUCUAAUCGGUAAUAUUGUUGUCAAUGUUAUUUGAUGUUUUCAACACCCGAACCGGAUAGCCCGACUAUAAUUAUUAUACAGGGGUGAACAAUUCUCGAUAACACUCUCAUCACCCGGGAAAGUAUAAAUUGUUGUUGGGUCUUUUUUUUUUUUUUGACAAUUUAUGAUACAAACAGCUCUAAAAUGUCACAUUACUGUUAUUUUUUGUCACUCUAAUUUUCGGCGGCGAAAUCACCGCCCAAUUUUGUUUUUCAAAUAGCACGCUAUUUUACAAAUCGCAUAAAUAAACGAAUUUAAAUUUAUUUUGGUGUUGACAUUUUUUCAUUUCCGUUAACCCGUUGACGAGACGUUCUACGAUUCACGAUUAUCGUUUUAUGAGUAGGGGAGAGUAACGGUACACCAUUCAAAAGCCAUUUAAAUGUUAAUGAUCCAAUAUUAUAAUAGGUACCCGUCUCUACCCGAACUUGAACAUGAAAUAUUUCGUUUAAAAAUUCCUGAAAAAGUUCAUACUUUCCGAGAUAGAGAAUGUCUUAUAGAGGAUGGAUCACCCUGUAUACCGAUAUUAUUGUAGAGAUUUCGAUUGCGACGGCGACAACGUCCUGACGAUUCGGUCGCUAAGGCGUGUCGACAGUACAAAAUUAUAAAUAUCGCCUUAUCACGACGGCGCGAGCACGUAAAACCCGACACUGUAGUCGUGUAGUACAUGUGUGUUUUUUUUUUUUUUUUUUUUUAAGGUCCGGUUCAACGACAGACGCACGAGACGACCUCGUCGUCUAUUAUAAUAAUAUAAGUACCAUAUAGAUACGUACUAAUGUACUACGCCGCACAUCAACGAGAUAUGAUUAAUAUUUCAUUCAAACGGUACUUUAGUAUUAUACAACCAGAAAAAUAAAAUUAUUGAGCUCAUUUGUAUACAUACCAUCGAUUGGGUGUCGACUGUCAUUAAGAAUAUCGCAUUGUUGUAUUCCGGACACUACAUUUCAAAGUUUAAUUCAAUUUGAACUUUUUACUUUGUAAAAAAAAAAAAAUUGUUACGUUUCGAAAUUGAAUACACGUUUUUCUCAAAUUGAAAAAAAUGUGAAUGUUCAGGUUUUUCCCUUAAUAUUAUUCAAUCUGCAUUACGGUCAGUAGUUAAACGACGAAAUCUUAAUCUCGGCGCCUGAAGGACCCCCCCCCCCAGACACAAGUAUUACCGAGGACCUCGGCCCUGUAGACCGAGCCGACAGUUUUCCCAGGAGUUUUCCAAAAAAAAUGGAAAAACACGGGAAAAUAGAUUUUUUUUAAAGGGUAAACCUCGCUCCCCCCUUUUCAAAUUCGACGCGUGUACAAUACGUCGCUAAUAUCGGCUACAUCACGGACGUUUGCGAUAUAGUUACGACCGUGUUUAAAAUGGAAAAACGGGUGACAUUUGUCGAAAAUAUUGUGAAUAAGACCACGACGAAACCGUUCAAUAUAAUGAAUGAAAAAAAAAAAAAAAAACCCGAAAUCAAUCGACAUUUUUGUAGAAAAUUGGUGAACUGUGAUUAAAAUAAGACAGAAAAUAAUCACUCUGUACAUAUUGUUCCUAUAAACAAUUCAAUUGUAUGGAAACCGCGACAAAAGAUUUAAUACGAUGGUACGAAUUAAGUCGUAGUUUCGUUAUUUUCGUUCGUAUAAUUCAACCUGGUCGCUGUCCAACAAUAAUAAAAAAAAAAAAAAUCGAUUUAUGUUGUUGCGCGCAAAAAGUGUGUUAGUAAACGCGAUAAAUAUCACCAUGGACAAUAAAAAAAAAGUGUGCCAGUAGAAAAAAAAAAAAAUACAUACGCGUCUAUUAUAUGUAUACGGAAAAUUAACACCGAAUGAAAUUAACCCAUGCAACAGUGGCGAUAACAAAUCCGUAUCCUUAUAAUAAACGCGUUGAUCGAUCGGAUUGAAAAUUGAUAAUGUCUAGACUUCACUGGACUCCGAUUAUUAUUUCGAGAGAUCUCGUGUAUUUUCGUCGAUUGUUUUUUCUAUUAUUUCCGUUUUUUUUUUUUUCUAAUUCAUUGCUUUUCGUUGACAUACGUAUUUCGUUUUUCAAAGAUUCAUUUGAAGCGGUUUUGUACAGCGUUUACAGUAAUUAACGAAUGGAAAUUUUUUUUUUUUAAAAAAAAAAAGAAGAAAAAUCUGGCCCCUACUCACUGCGGCGUUGUCAAAAUAUCGUUACUAUUAAACGGGUUUUCCGAUAACUAAAAACGACACUUACGCGGGUUUCAUUUUUUUUUGUUGGCAGGAACCGAAAUGGAGCGAAACGGAAAAUAAUGACGGCGGCCCAGUAACCGAGCAGUGUCCGACAGCGGUCAGGUGCAUUGUAAACAUGAUGAUUACCGAAACGGCGGCGAGCGCCAACGCCACCGUUCUGCCCAGCGGGGGCGGCAAGAUAAAACGUUCGAGUUUCAAGUCGCGCGGCGGCGGCAGCGCGCAGAUCGCCGGGGCCGGCAGCGUCAGGGGCUACCGGGCGGUCCGCGUGACGGUCCCGUCCACGACGGUAGCCGAGCUAGCGUCCAAGUUCAACGCGGUGGUGGUAGUGAACGCGGAAACCGGUACCACGACGCGGGACAUAAUCAAAAAGGUGAACAAGACGCUGGCCAAGGGAGCCGCGGUCCGGGCCACCGUCGAGAAAUUCGAGUCGGCCGCGGGCAAGAAGCACGACGAGCACGCGAACGGUGGUGACGGUACCGGCAGUGGCGGCGGUGGAAACCACAUAGUCGUAGUGCGCACCAAUUCGGAUCACCGGCGGAAGGCGGCUAAUUGUACCGCCGUGGAACAGCAGCGGCGGCUGAGGCCGCAAGAGCUCCCGCAGCAGUCGGCUACGUCGUCCAUAGCCAAACAGCGAACGGAGCAAUUUCAAAACGGGAAAACUGUCGGCCAGAAACCCAGCGUGUUAGGCCCGAAACCCAACUUGAUCAAUUCGCAGAGACCCGACGAACUUAGGACGGCGCCGGCCGUGACCGCGAAACCUACGAUGGACCAUCGUUUGUUUAACAAACACAAACGGCUGUCGAUCGCCAGGGAUCCCGACGCCCGGUUGGAGAGCGUGUUAAACGCGACGUCGCCGGAGCCAAUCGCGGUACGGCAGCAGUCACAGUCCGCGGAGACGGAACGCGCGUCGCCGCAAAAGCAACAAUUGCAACCGCAGCCAAUGGCGACCGCGCGUUCGUCGCCGCCGGAAAUCCAGCCGAAACCCAACAGUUCUUUUUUGCACAAUCGGAAAAGGCCGACGCCGGCGGACGACGUCGACGAGCGACGCGACGCCAAACAGGAACCCCCGUUGCGGCCGUUUGUCAAUGCCGUUCAGUCGACGAAACUCCCGUCGUCACCGCCAGCCGGCCGGCCGGAACUCCCUGCACCGCCUCUGAUCGCGGACGAGUCGGACGUCCCGUCACCGCGCACGGCCGUCCCCGGAAACGGUCAGCCCAAGAGCUUCAUACACGAAUACAAGCGACGGUCGGCCGGCGGCGACCACAACUAUCACUACAUAACGGCCGGCGAACCUCCGCAAGCCAUCUACGAGGAACUGUGCGACAUGCAAAUAUCCGCGGAAGCCCCGGACCCGUCGCCACUGCCGGACGUGGUGCUGGAGAGUUCGUAUUACACCGGUACCGCCGGCGCUGCGGACCGCGACGGCGACCAUUACACCACGAUCGAGGGCGGCGAGGACAGUCACGUCUACGAGGGCGGCGACGAGGAACGAAACUUCUACGACGACGUGAUGGUAGCGGCGGCCGCGGCGGCCGCGGCGGUGACGGCGACCUACGCCUCCCCGUCGUCCGCGGCCGCCGUUUCCGGAUCGGAGGGCCGCAAGCGGCCGGUUGACGAGGAUACCGACUACGAGACGGUCGAGGCGCCGCCGCCGUUGCCGCCGCCGCACAACACGGCCGUUCUCGCUGCCGCGGUGUCGCAGGCGGCGUCGCCCCAGCCGUUUCCGGUAGUCGACGGGGACGAUGACGGCGGCGGCGGCGGACGUCCUCUGAAAAAAGAACUGUCCGACAGUUUGGUGGACAUCGACAACAGCAUUUACGGAUUGAACACUCCGUCGGAAUCCACUUCGUCCGGUAAGUCGAACAUAAUGUUGUGUAGUAUACACGCUGCACUACUGUCCGCAGCCGACGUGCUUGGCGUAACAUUUGGCGUUUCACAAAGACGUUUCGAAUAUCUCGCGAAAACGGACGUAAUAUUACACAAUGAAACUCACGAGUCGGGCACGGAACUUUAAGAGUCCCGGAGCGGUACCGUAUUCGUCCCCUGAACUUACACCCGAGUAGGGUCGAAUGGAUUUAAUUAAUACGUGUGUGCACCGCCGUCGCAGAGUUUUCCGAUACAGAUAUACUGUGUACAUAUGUAUUUUUUUAAAAGAUAAUAAUAUUCUAUAGUUCGGCGCAACACGAAUGAUGGUACUGUCCGCGAUUCCAUCCAAUUUAUUUCCCUCAAAAUUCGAUGGCCUACGCACUACGGCCUUUUCUUUAAAAUCGAGCGAUACCGUUUCCCAAUUAUUCAGAGAUCUUAUUCAGUUAUAACUUGUGGGUAUUUUGAUUAAUUUUCUUAUUUUAUACUAUUCAGUUAUAUUUCAUUGAUAUAAUUGUCGCUAACAUUUCACAGUAGACCGGAAAAUAUACCAGACGUUUUAUUAUCGAAUUUCAAUAUCCGAAAAGUUGUGACGAGUCUUUGUGACUAUUUUUGCGAUUAAGUUUGUUUUCGCUCUUAAGACUAUGCUGCCCAUCAUAAUUGUUUCCAGUUUUCCCGUUCCGACGGCUAGUCCUUCCAAUUCACUUCAUUCGGGUUUUGCUUUUUCCACAUCUUUUUUUUCAACCCUAUCUUCCCGUCUUAACCUAUGGCGUCCCCCCGAUAUCGAUCUUCUCCUUUUGCAGAAUGCUUUUUAACACAACUCUCAUCAACGGUACAUUUUUACGCACGCAUCAUACGCGUGCCCGCUUGAUUCGCUUAAUGAUAACGUCUUCCACAAUAUUCGCACUCCGAUACGUUUCUGCCGUCUCUCUAUUUCUCCAGAUUCUCCAUUGUCCCGAAUUCGCGCCGUUGCACACACCAUAUUAUUAUAUUUUCUGAGCACCUUUCUUUGCAACACAGCAAGGGACUUCUCACCGGCUUAGCGUCCGUGUUUCUGACUCAAAAGUUGCAUCUGGCUUUUACAAAGUUUCUAUAUUAUGCAUUUUGAAUAUUCAGAUUUUUCGCCCGAUAUUAUUUUAAUAGUUAAUACUCAAAUCGUAAUGUCCGUGCGUUUAACAUAUUUUGAAUUUUUCAAAGCAUAAUAAUCGUGUACGUACAUCGGUUCGAAAAUACAUACAAUUUCGAUUUUAUAAACGCAUACAAAUUACUUUAUUCUUGAAUAUCAUAAUGAUAUAUUAUAUUUUCAUACCGUUGUUUUAAAGGCAUCACAUCGGACAGCGUCAGCGCUGCUGACCCGAACGGCAAAUACGAUUUGGACGAAGAAUGGAUCGACGUAGACAACACCUCUGACGAACUCCAAGAGAUUAUACUGUGAGUAUCCGCCACGUAAUAUUUUAAAUCGUUCUUGUAAUUGUUACGAUAAAAGUCGAAUUAAAAAUAUCGAUCGGAACAAAAGUUAUUUCAUGCGUCGGCUUUUCGCGUUAUAGCCUGUAUACGAAAUCGAGACGCGGGGGUCUCGCUGAAACACGCUUAACACAUUAUUUAAAUAACUAUUCAAUGUCAAACUCUAUAAUAAAAAAUAAAAACAUUAUUUUAAUUAUCUUUUACUUGAUUUUUUUUUUUUUUUUUUACAGUAAAUUAUAUUUUUGAUAAGUUAAUUUGUUAAGAAUUCGCUUCGUAUAUAUUCGUAUUUAUUUACUGUCACUAUUCCAAUACAAGGUAGGUAGAUCCCAGAUAGAUAUUGUAAAUUAAAUCUUAAAUAAUAAUAAUAUUAAUUUUGUACGUAGUUUUUAAAUUUCACCUUAUAUUUUGUUCUAACAGAUAUCAUCCGAAACCAAAGAUGCACGACAAAGUCAAGAACGGAUGGUCAAUACACGUUCGGAAACAAUUGACCAAAGUGUACAGUGAGUUACCGUUUAGUAAAUGUUAUGCUUGAAAAAAAAAACACACAUAUUAAAUAAAAACUCCUCGAAAUGUCCGAAACCGGCAAUACAACAUACCGGUUUAUGUAUAUUAUGAAGUAUGUACACCGUCACCAUAGGACGAUAAAAAUAGAUAGGUAACAGGUGCCGAGGUGAACUGCUAUGAACAAAAUUAAUAAUAUAAAUGUAUGAUUAUAAUGUCAGUAAAGAAUAUUCCAAAACGGAGUAAAAUGUGACGAAACGUAAAGUGGUAUGCGUAUUUGCUGUCUCCGUCUAACAAACGUACGACGUAGCAAAUUCGCGUUCAUUAUUAGGUAAUCAUUUUAUGACGUUAGUUUUAACAUCAAAGCGUAUUGGCCAAUUACCAAACUCAUUGGUAAGAAGAUUAUCUGUGCAAUAGCGUUGACGUUUUUUCGAUAUUUUAAUUUUUUACCGAGAUAUGAGUAGGUAAGCGACAUAACGCGAUUUAAAAAAAAAAAACCGCACAUAUUUCGCACGACGGGUGGGCCAUUGUUGUGGGAGAAAAUUCGGAAAGGUAGGAUGAAGUGGGGAAUUUAAUUUAUAUCUCUACGCAACGACAAACCAUUACUAACGAAAAACGAUUCGGAGCGAAGUUCGAUUAUACAUGUUUUGAAAGGUCGUAAUAUUUAAGAUUUUCGAAAAAAAAAAAAAAACAACUACAUUGAAUUUAAUUUUUUAUUCGCCCCCAAAGUACGAAUUAUAAUGCACCUCCUGCUAAAUUUCCAUGCAUUUCUGUUUAGUUUUAACAAUUUAUCCGCAAAGUACCUAUCGGAUACAAAUUACGUAAAAUCGCCCUAAAUUUUCAGUUUUCGUUUUGACCUUCUUAAAGUAUCGACUAAAUACAAUUUUCGUUCAUAUAAGAUAGUGCACUUGGUACAUCUGUGCAAGGUUUCUGAUAGACAUUUCAUACACAGUAUAGAAAUAAAAAAUUAAAACAUUAUUGUAAAACCAACACGUUUCUUGCUACGCUCCGAAACUAAGAUUACUAUAAUAUCUCGCUUGAAAAUUGAAAUAUCGAAAAAAACGUCUACGCUAGGGGAUACGGACAAUCUUCUUACCACCGUAUUUGGUAAUAGGUCAAUUUGGCUGUAAUAUUAAAACUAACGGCGCAGAAGUGCCUCUAAACGCAAAUUUGCUAUGUCGCACGUUUUUAAGACCGCCACACCGGUGUGGCAUCGUCUUAAUAAAAAAAAAAAGGGUCCGUCGAUUUGUUUGUUUGCGUGCGAUCGAAAAAGUCUGCAAAAGUCUGAAAAUGUACUCACUAAAGCGGAUGGACAUCGUGAUCACCGAAACCCGAUCUCUAAACUAAAUUAGUGGCUCGCACGGGACUUUUGUAUUUUCGGAACGAAAAUCGAUUUAUUUUUGUUGAUUUAUGGGUCACUUCGGUGACACGGAUAGAUAAAAAAAAAAAACAGUUAUCAUUUCGUCAUCACGAAACGGGAGAGACACUAACCCUUCCGUAGGACAGCUGUCAGCUGGCAUAUUGAUAAUAACGUUUUAAAACCGAAUAAAAUGCGUUCAACGUCAUUUCCCAAUAUUGCGUUAUUUCGAAAUAAUACAUAAUAUUCGGUGGCGCGACGGGCUAGGGGGUUUAGAGCCUUCUCGUACGUCCGAAGCCCGCGACGCAGAAGCAGAACCCCGCGGGACACGGUUUAUUCAAUACUGCGGUAGGGCACAAGAGCCGCCUCCCUCCGAGACUUAACAGCUGACUUCGCGAUUUAAUUAAUGUUUUCGGGACUUAUUAAAACGCGAUGUUUCCGUUGUCGUUUGAGCGGUUCUCUGAAAUGAUAAUACUAUUGAGUGCGUAACCAAUAGUACACUUGGUAACGCGAUGAUAAAAAUAUAUACAUGUUGUGGAACAGCGUAACGAAUAUUUCAAUAUCGUUAUUAUUAUUUUUAAUUUGUUUUAUUGAAAUGUCGUGAUCCGACUAUAGGUUUUUUUUUUGAUAUAAAUGACUUCAACUAGAAACCGGUUUCGUUGUAUUGCCGCGAUUAUUAUUACACAGCUUAUUUUUACCAAGGCCAAGACACGGUCACAAUCCAAAUGGAGUUGCAAUUGCAUGAAGAUAGGUUUUAGGUAUACUAUAUACUAAACAACUGAUACACCAAGAGCCUGCCCACGUCACAUACGGCCAAUUUUUUUCAUCGUUUAGCGAACGCAUACACAGGUUUUGGCAAAACAACUCCAAUAAAAAUAUGUAUUGUUCGCGACGUUUGUAUACAGAACGUUCCGUUUCUGUUUCGCUCUGAAAUAAAUUGUGAACAAGGUUACAAUAACAUGUCGAUUUAGCGCGGUUUAAUGCAUUUUGUAUCCGUACGUAUUAUUAUAGACUUGUGUCAUACCGAAAACGAAACGCGUUUUAUAAACCGAUGAAAUAUUAUUUUCUAAAUAACGUUUUUCGAAUUCUGUAAAAAGUAAACGAAAACAAGUAGGCCCAGAAGCGUAUUUACGAUUUUGGCGUCCCAGUUACACCGGUUAAGUAAAAAUUGAUGCUCUUUUUUUCCCUCGAAAAUCCCCCCCCCCCAAAAAAAAAAAAUCCCGUGAGCUCCCUUAAUUUAGAAAAUUUACAUUUUCUCGUCAAUAAAAACGAUAUCCCAAAAUGUAUAAUUUUUCCCAUAUUGCACUUGUGUUCCACUAGGUUCGAGAGAACAUUUUUAUUUUACCUCUCUAUAAGCUUGUAAUAACAACAAUUUAAAUUUAAAUUCAUAAUAACGUACUUUUCUUUAACGGGGUGAAUUUAACGUAUGAAGUUAUCUAAUCUAAUAAUCAAGAACAUAAAUUACCUAGUUAUUUUUUGUAAUCGUUGCGAAAAUGUCCAAAUUGUCCGUAACACUGGUGAUUUCCAACCGGAUAAUAGAAUAUAGUAAUUUGCAAGCAUAUAAUAUACAUUUCUUAUCAUAUCAAAUUACUUGUACUCAGGAUUGUAAAAAAAAAAAAAAAAAAACAGUAAAUAUGUAUGAUUUUUCAUAAAUAUAAUAUUAUAAAACUGGUUAAAUAUAAAUAUAAUUCUAUUAUAAUAUUCAAAAAACAAUUGAACAAAAAAGAGCCGAUUCUGCUAACGGGCGCGCCACUUUUGUGGAUGGGAAAUUGGGAAGAUAGGGUACAUAAAUAUAUUUAAAUUUCUAUCUGUGAUCAACGACAAACCGUUCCUAAACGAAAUACGAUUCUAAGCGACGUUCAUUUAUACAUGUUUUGAUAGCCGUGAUAUUUAUGAUUUCCGUCAAAUUUGAUAUUAAAAUUCUUAUAAAAAAAAACUUCAAUACGUUACGUUCCUUUUCAUUUUUUUUUCUACCGCUAAGUACAACUUGUAAUAAUCAUCGUGUUAAAUUUACAAGAAUUUCUGUUCGUCAAACUAUUUCAUCCACUUAGUACGGUACGGAAAAAAUAAAAUAAAACGCCGAAAAAAUGCCUUUACUCUGUUAUUAACAUCAUAUGCAAAUAGUUUGAACAUUUUACCUCGUUUGGAAAAUGCCAACAUACGUUUUUUGUGAAAAUGUCGGCUCUAUGAAUCCUUCUCACACAGUUACAACAACAAAGAUAAAAUUGAAAAUAACGGAAUCAUUAUUUCCAGAAACUCUCCGGUUCUUUCCCGGUUAUGCAGAAUGUUUUCGUUGAGUUAUAUUUAUACGAAUAAUUGUGCUCAACAUAUUUCAUCCCCUAGAUAUUAAUUCUCAUUAGCUCUUUAAUGAGUAUAGUGAACUAUUUUCUUGAUUCUAUUAUAUGUUGUCUUGCCUGAGUGAAUGCGUAAGUGUUCCUUUAAUAUUAGUAGAAAUUUCCGACUAACCAAAUACGAAACAAUUAAUAUUUUAUUAAAUUCACAAUUUUAUUUCGGGUAAAAACAGCACUUAUGCAGCGAAAUUCGCGCUGUAAUCUUACGGGAAAUGUAGUGAACGCUUCUCGCCAAAAUAAAAUUUGUACGCAAUUAGAAUCUUUACAUUUUACAAUAGAGUCGCCUACCGGGGUCGUAGUAAAAAUGUCGGCGCUUCGGACACAUAAAAAACCUAACUUGUGUAUAAUAACGAUACAUAUGACAUACCGUCGUCUAUUUGACAGAAUAUCCUAAAAUUCUGAAAAAAUGUCCGAAAAAUUACGAUACAUAAAAAAAAAAAAAUCUAUGCAACCGCCGCCACCUGAAUACGGACCUUGUCGCUAUAAAUUUCUCCCUAUACAUACUUCUAUAAUCACCGCUUACAAGUUAUAAUCCCAAAAUGCUUAUACACAAGUAUCAUGGAACAGCGUCAGUAUCGACAGUGGUUAAAGUGGGAAAAACUUCGAUGGGUCUCUGUGUUUACUGAAAAUUAAGGGACGUUUCCGCGAAUUAACAAAACCUAACAUUAUUUUAAGAAAACCCAUCACGCAGACAAACAACAAGACAAGAUUUCCAAAAUAUUUUUCUUUCGCACACAGUUGUUUAUAAAAUAUACGAGUAGUAUACUAAUAGGCUAAAAUUAUAAAUAUACCACAGAUCCAUCACCUGUAUAGGCAAUAAUCCCACAACUAAUACUUUUACACGACACUUAUAAUAAUAAUCAACUACCUACACAUUUUAUUUACAAUUUUUUGUAUAAAAAUGUAUCAAAACUUUUUUAACUUUAUUUUUAUACAUACACGCAUUGUCUGUUUGUAUUUUGUUCUGUUUAUUAAUUAUGAAAUGCAUUGAUAAAAUAUUUAGUCUGAACUAUAAAACGACUUAUUGGGUAUUUUAGGAGGUGCUAAUUUUAAACUUGGGGGUGCUAUAGACCGUUCAGCACCCCCAAGUUGCCUAUGCCCCCACCCGUAAAAUAUUAUCUUCCGCCGGGUAAAAAAUAAAGCAAAACUGCAAAGUUUGAUUACGCAUAUUUGAUUAUAUGCGUCUAUUAUCUAAUAGAAAUUAAUGAAUUUAUUUUGGGUAAAAAUAAUUUACAAGUUUUUAAAACUUUAUUAAAAGUAUCUCAAUGUCAAUAGUCAAAACUUUCCCCCGGACAUUGGAAUCGGUGAUUUUCUAUCUUUGUCUCACACACGUGCAACAUAAGAAUUUAAACGCGUUAUAUUUCUAUUUCCGAUUGAUCUAGUGAAGCGAUACGAAUUCUGAAAACAGAUUUGAAUUAUAGUCAAGUCUACUUGAAAUCGACUUUCCCACACUUUUGAAAAGUUGAUCUCAGGCAGUAGACAUGACGACAAAUUCAAAUGGGGUUUCAAAUUCCUUAUCGCUUCACUAGACUAAUCGGUACAUUAGAAAUAUACUGCGUUUAAAUUCCUAUCAAUAAGGGGGUGACCGGAAGAGUAUUACUCCCUCUCCUGCAGAUAAAAUGACAUUACCACGUUAGCUACACGUGAUGUGAUAAUAUGUGAAUUAUGAUGAGCAUUAGAAAAAGUCACCGUUGAACGUAUUUUCGUACUUUUUUCCAUGGGCGUAAAAUAAAUUCCUGGAAGCGACUCUGAUGCGUUUAGUCUACCCCCUUGGGAAUUUACGACCCCCCCCGGGGUAAAUAGAAGGUCCGAAAUGAACGCGGAUUCUCGUGCUGAACGAGUGAAAAAAAAAAAACAAAAAAUCAUCGUUUUCGACCUCCCUGUAAACUCUUAUGGGGAACUAAACAGUUUUGCAUUGAAAAUAACAAGGGGACUCCGAUACUACGUAUCGAUCGGUGUUUUUUUAACGAAUUAAGAUCCGCGUCAGCGGCGGAUUCAGAAAUGUUUUAAAGGGGUUAAGGGGGGCGGCGCAUUAUUUAUUUUUUCGGUAAACUAACUAUAAAGUAGACGAACAAAAACUGUAGAUCAUCGGCAGGAGGUGGGGACGGGGGGCAUGUGCUCCCGUGCUGCCCCCCCCCCAUCCUCGGAUCCGCCACUGGAUCGCGCGUACGUGAUUACAACACACCGAGGUUAACAACGGUGGUACUGUUAAAAUAUUCGUAUUAUUAUUAUUAUUAGGCACUUUCGUGGGCCUCGUGCGCGACAAACGGAUUUCUUUUCUUAUUAUUGUGUUCUUAUCGGGGACGGGAGAAUGUCGUAACCGAUUCCGAUUCACACGGCGUAAAACGGUUUUGCAUUAUUACAUGUGUUUCGUCGCUGCGAUUGUUGUGCGCCGCGCGUGUGCGGGUACACGCCGCUAUCGUACGAACGCCGACGACGGGAAAACGAGCCCACGCCGGGCGUGUUACACGGUGCGCGGCGUGUUUAGGCGGGUACCGACAGCAAACCCGACGGAUUCGCGGGCGCCGCGCGCGUUCCGGACAAACGUAUUUUCACGUAAUCCGCGGAGUCGUUCCCCGCCGCUCCACCCGGAAGGCAGACCGCGACCGGUCGGCGCGCGUGGGUCGCGGACGCGAAAACGCGCGCGCAAAGUGCCGAAGAAGAAAUACGAAAAAAAAAAAAACAUCAUCCGAACAAACAACGAGUACGCGUCGAGUAUGACGGGGCGGCCGAACGGUCCGUGGGAGGGGGAGAAACCCGUUUACCCUCCCGGCGGCGGACGCGGUGCACUUCUCCUACUCUCGAACACGCGCCGCUCUCUAGUCCCCCUCCCCCCUCCCCCACCCGCCCCCGCUACGACGACAACCGUGCGCGGUGCCCGCGCGACUCUGCGGCGCGUUUACCCGGCGCGCGAUAUCGUAAACAGUCCAAGGUCCCCCCUUGAUCGCCGCGACUCCGCCGGGACACGGGUGGGUAAUCGAAAAGUGAAAGUGCGGCGCGGCGGACGUGUGUAACCGUACGCGAACGCCGUAAUGGUAUUACGGCACCGCGGCGUUUGAUGUAACGUCGUACGACAGGCGUCCGUGGUUCUACACGUAUUACUAUCGUACCGACGGGUGUCGUAGGCAGUCGCGCGCGUGUGUAGGCCCAUCGCAAUAUUUCGCGGCGGCGCCGUCGUCGUGUGUCACGCGUUCCGUUUAUAACUGAUACCGAAACAUUUUCCGCGCGCGCAGUGUGACUCUCGCGGUGGGAAAAAUGAUCGAUUUGUGCGACGGGGAAACGAUCUGUCAUGCCAUCAUCUUCCUAUUACUGUAACUCUCCGCUGCGCACGCCGCCGCCACCUUUACCGCCGGCCAGGGCCCAGAGGCGCAGAAAAUCGCUUUUCGUCGACAAAGGUUUGAAACGGACAACGCGACGCCGAUAGGUAUUGUUGUUAUCGCGCGCACGGCGGCCGCGGUGUUCUGUAUGCGCGCCGCAGCUGCUACGGAAAAGCACACGCCUCCGAGGCGCGCCGAAACCGCCGGAGCCCUAACCCGGAAAACCGUUUUCUCGUCGCCGCUGACGUUUCCCGGGACAUCGGUUUGGCCGAACGGUCGCCAACCCGGCGAACGCGGCCGUUCCGAUAUUUUCCGUUUCCUUUUUGAACCGUAUGGGCGCGAUUGUGUGUUACCGUUAUUGUCCGAAUCGGGCGAUUCGAUGAUAUCACCGUGGGCAACUGUGCACGACUCGUUUCUCGGAGGUGACGGCACGAAAUUCGAAGGCCGCGUAUCGUCGAAAUCUUCGAAUAAUACGUAAGUCACCUGCGUCAAUAACGCCGAUUUCGCGUAUCGGAUCGUACACGGUUUAAACGUAUAUCGGACGCCGUCGACGCAUUUUUCGCGGGUUAUUCACGGGAGACCGUAUUAUCGCUAUUAUCGUUUGUGCGCUCGUUAAAAAGAGAGAUCUCGCGGGAAAAAACAAAUUCACUAGACUAUAUCUAUCAUAUUGUAGGCGCGUUGUUACGCCCGACAAUAAUAUUAUCUAGAUGAAAACGUAAAAUAGACGCGCCGUAAUCUCGCCGAGACAAAUAAUUAGCCAACUGUGAAUAAUCGGGCGCGUGUGCUUCAAACUGACCGUGCCCGCGCAUAAGUACGAUACCUACUCGGCGUUCCCGAGGACACGCCAUUUUAACACGUUCAACAUAAUAUUAUGUGCUUUCUUUAGUUUCUAUCUCGUCACAAUCCGUAAUUAGUUUCGUAAAGGACGUCCCUGAACAGCUGACGCAUAAGACAAACCCGUGCGAUUUUACCUGCAGCGAUCGUCUGUUGUUGUCCGUGGUCUUGAAGACGGUUUUCCUCGAAGAUAAAUUCGAGUCGCAAGAGCUAUCCCUAUUUUUUGACAACGGUAAGUUUAUUGCAGCGCACCAUAUUAGAUAAUAUCGACCGAAAACACCGCCUUGACCGAAACCGUAUUAUGUUUGUAUAGUUAUUGUUAACGUAUUUUAUUUUCUUCCCCGUCAAAUAUUGUAUCAUUUGUCGUGUUGCUCGAACAACAAUAAUAAUUAUCGCUGUUAUAAUAAUAUGCACAACAGCGUCGGAUGAAACCGACAAUAAAUUUAGCGGUACGUUAAUUAGGAAUUUCGUGAUGCGUUGAGACUUUUGAGAUUGCUUUAAAAAUUCGAUGCAUGAAUGCAGUGGCGUAAUAUUAUAUUAAGGUCCUAAAAGCAAAACCGAAAGCAAAAAGAAUAAGGGGGUUAUUCAAAAGGAAUCUCACCUGUGCAAUAAUGCCGUGGUCUAUGCCACUGCUAGGGCCCACAAAAUAUGUGAGCCCGUGGCGUUUGCCCGCCUCGCCCACCCGGUAUUUACGCCACUGCAUUUAUGACCUAUUAAUUACUAUACUGACCGUCCCGUGGGGGGGGGGUUUCUAGGGGUCCAUAGCGCCCCCAAAAGUAUCCAAUAAGCGUUUUUAGAGUAUCGGCUAAAUAUAUUAUUUCGUAAUAUUAAUAAGCGGAACAAAACUCAAAUAACGUGUGUGUGUACACAAAAUUAAAAAAUUAAACAAGUUAUGAUACAUUUGUAUAUAAAAAUCGUAAUUGAAAUGUGUGGUCACUUAUUAUAAAUGACAUGUAAAGGGAAUUAGUGGCGGCAUUGCCCCCGUGGGUCUGUGAUGUGUCUAUAAUUGUAACGCUCUCAAAAUCGGUAGUCUAAUUGCGUCUAUGGUUGUCCCGCCCGACAUUGCCUGUACUAUUUUAACUUUCCCAUUUAAAAAUGCAGAAUUCAAAAAAAAAAUUCCUACCGAAAACCGAAAUCUCUAAAAGAAAUUGAAUUUAACGUCUCACCCCCGUUUUCUUUUUACGUCAGCCAAGUCUGCCCAUGUAAAACAGUGGAUACCGUAUGUUUUUCUAUUAUCAAAUUGUAAUGAUCAAACUCGGAUGUGAAUCGCGCAUAGAUUAUAUGUAUUACAUAAGGUAAUACACCGGUAAUACUUCAUUGUUGUAGUCUACUUUACGGAUAUGUUAUUUUUAAUAACGAUUCAUGCAGAUAUCAAAAUUGUAAUUUAUUUUUAAUGUUAUAUUGUCUUUUCAUCUACAGAAUCCAAAGAAAAUACGAAUGAUAUUAGUCAAAAAAUACCGGAAGAGAUUUACGCCGAUUACGAUUCGUUCGAAUCUGACGAUUCCUGGGAUGAUUAUAAAGGUUCGGAAAAACUUAAAAGGGUACCGUACCCAUGCGAAAACCGAGAUUUGCCGGAUCCGCCGGGCCAGCAAAACAUAUACGGACUCGUUCCAUUGGUCAAAAGAGCUGGGAACCGGAUGAAAAAACGAUGGUCGCUCGCGUCCUUUGGUUUAAACCAGAUACGAAAAAUCGGCGUAGGAAAUUCAACAACUGAUCUCUGUAAUAAAACGUAUGAUAGCAAAUUGGACAAAUCUAAUGAAAAAAAAUUUAAUUCUUCCUCGAAAAGUAAUAGUUUGACUUCGAUUUUCUACUUAAACGAUCCCAUAUACAAUAACAUGUAAGUAUUACAAUUAAUAGAUUGCAUAUGAUAUGCAUUAUACAUAGUGAUAAAUUCUUAGCGAUAAAUUAAAAAUAUGUUCAUUUACAGAGAAAACGACCAAAUGAAUUUGCCCGUUAGGAAGUCAAGCAAACCACCUUCAUCUAUUGAUUCGCGACGACUUAGCGUUGCAAGACCUAAUUCGCCACCACCUCCGCCACCAGUUAAACAACAUUCAACUGGUAAAAUAAUAUACAUAAACAAUCGGUGUUUAUUUAAAGCGUGAUUAAUUAAUUUGUAUAAUAUUUUAUAGGAAAUAACUCUUACGGUUCGUUAACAAAUUUAAUUAGCAAUUCGACAGGGAGGCCACGUUCGCUUAUAGACAAAAGUAACACUGAUACAAUAUCCGAAAAUGGUUGGUAACAUCUUUUGUUAUAAUUCGAUCGCAAAUCAACUUAUUCGGUUUAUUUCGCAGGUUCUAAUCAGGGUUCUGAGUUGUACAUGCGAUUCGCUGAUGAACCUUUGUACCAGUUUUAUGCAGCUGAUAUAUCCGAAGUAAGUUUUGUAUUAAUAUGGUUUAUGUGUAGUGUGAAUUUGUAUUGUAUGCAAAUUUUAAUAUUAUUCAGUAAUGUUAACCGAAUUGAGUGUUAAUUAUUAUUUAUAGCGAACAAAAAGUGUGUUUGCUGGUGACAUGAUGGAAGAGUGUGAUGGCUAUGAAGAGAUCAGUUCAAUUGUGAGUAGACCGUCAGCUCUAGAGCUUAUAACUCCCUGUUUGACUGGUCACGGACAACACCGAUCUUUAUGGUGCGAAGUUCCAGAAGUAAAAAAUAGUGGCAUUAUGGGUAAGUUGUGAAAGCUACAAAAAUAAUUUAUUUAUAAGUAUCUUAAUUAUUAUAUUUAUGGUUUUUUAUUAGACACAUUAAAACCUCGAGAGAGAAAAUUACAAGAAGCCAAGUUUGAAUUAAUAACAUCUGAAGCAUCUUAUUUUAAGUCUUUAACUGUACUUGAGAAACAUUUCGUCAAUAGUCAUUCAAUGAACGACGAGACAAUAUUAAGUAAAAACGAUCGCAAAAUUCUGUUUGGAAAUGUUAAUCCAGGUAAAUGUUACGAUGCAUAUUGUAUAAUUGUACAUUUUUGUUACGAAAAUUAUUGGUUGUAAUAAAAAAUCUUUGGUUUCAGUACGAAAAUGUUCUGAAAAAUUACUGGCGGCAUUAGAAAAAUGUUGGCAAGACAAUAUACUACUUGAAGGACUUUGUGAAAUUAUAUUUAAAUACUCCAAAGAAAACUUUAACAUUUUCGUAAAGUAUUGCUCAAAUCAAAUUUAUAUAGACCGUACUUUGAAAUCCUUAAGGUAAAAUAUUAUUUACAAAUAUAACAUCAAUUAAGCUCAUAAUCAUAAUUAAGCCAGUUAAUAUUUUUUACGUAUUUUGUUUUAGGGAAAAAAAUGUUAAAUUCAAUGAAGCUUUACAAAGACUGGAAUCGGAUGGCAAGUGCCAAUCUCUCUCUCUCCACUCGUUCCUAAUGUUACCUAUGCAAAGAAUAACUAGAUUACCUCUACUCCUGGAUGCAAUUUUGUCAAAAAUGGAUCCUACUGAAAAUUCUUUAGAAUACGAAUUAUGUGAAUUGACUUUAGCUUCUUUAAAUACUGUGAGUAGUGUUAAAAAAUAGCCAAUAACACAUUCAAAAAAGUUUACGAUGUUUUACUAUGUAUUUUUUUUGUAUUUUUAUUUUAGAUUGUACAAAAUUGUAAUGAAAGCACUAGGAAGUUAGAACGUUAUGAAGAAAUGUUAUUACUUAGUCAACAAUUAGAAUUUUCUAGUAAGAGAGAAAUUAAAGCGAUGUCUGUAGCUUCUAGUUCACGUUGGUUAGUUCGUUCUGGUUCUAUGUUGCAUUUAAAUAGCCCCGAUGCAAAACUCACGUUAAGUCGAAAAUUUAUACGACCUACUAAGUUAUACUUUUUCCUAUUCAAUGAUAUGUUUUUCAUGGCAAAGCGAAAAAGGUAUUUCGAGAUGCAAACAAAAUUAUAAGAAUAAUAAUGUUUACGUAUUUAUUUUUACAGUGACGAAAACUAUACAGUGGUGGAUUAUUGUGCAAGAAAUUUUGUUCAAAUGAUUGAUGCUACUGAAAUAGUUAUUUCUUCAUCCUACAAGAAUCUCCUAAUGUUGACAAUUUUAGAAAAUCAUGAGGCUAAGACUAUUGAAAUGGUAUUUUAAAUUUUUUUUGAAUUUUAGAUUUGCAUGUAUCAAAUAUUUAAUCACAAAUGUUCUAGUUAUUAAGUUGUGAUUCUGAAUCUUCAAAAAAACGUUGGAUCGAAGCCAUGUCACCUCCUAUCAGUUCCAACCCCGAAGAGACUCUAUAUAAUGAAUGGGACUGUCCACAAGUGUUUGCUGAACAUGCAUAUACGGCUGUACAACCUGAUGAACUUUCAUUGCAAAAUGGAGAUAUUGUAAAAGUUUUGACAAAAAUGAAUGACGGUAAUCAUAUAUUUAAUACAAUUAUUAUAUAUACAAAAAAAAAAAAAAAAUUGAAAUAUAAAUAUUGAAAAUGUGUGUUGAUCAGGAUGGUAUCAUGGUGAACGGAUUCGUGACGGUGAGAAAGGAUGGUUUCCUGGUAAUUAUACAUCAGAAAUAGCAUCACAACAUGCCAGAGCAAAAAAUCUAAAACAGCGUUACCGGUUAUUGGCUAUGUCUGGUAGUUACCUUCAAUCUCGACAAGAUAAAAUUAAAAAAAAGUAACUCAAUUAUUUAAAUUCGAUUAUGAUAUUAUUAUAUUUUACUUAAAAUGUAUACAUUUGCAUUAUUUUUUUUGAAAAAAAUCACUAAAAUUUAAAUGAUUUAAACCAUACUUUGUUAGUUAAUUUAUACUUAUUUUUUUUUUUGUCCGUGAGUUUUGACUUAAGGUUUAUAAUACAUCUAUUAUUAAUAUUCUUUAAUUAAAUGAUAAUAUUAUAUAAUAAUAAUAAUAAUAAUAAUAAUAAUAUUUAUGUAUAUUAAAACUUAGUUUUAUAAUUUUUUCACAAACACCAGUUGAAAAAAAAUAUUAUACUUCAAAUUUGACACGAGACAAACAAUAUUUCAAUUAAUUAUUAUUCAUUUUUUUAUUUAUUUUAUUUUAUGUGAGACUAUUUCUCCUUUUAAUUUUUACCAAGACAAGGUCAAAAGUUAACCUCGCUCAUUUAAUUUUUAAUUCAAUAAAUGUUGUAAAUAAUUAUUAUCGUUUAUGAUUUUAUAAUGUAUCUAUUGUUACUGUUAUUUAAAAUUAUUAUACUUUUUAUGAUUUUUAUUUAAAAACAAAGUAUAUAUUAAACAUUUUGAAUUUACUACAAAAUGUGUACUUGUAUGUGUACUUUCAUGUUAUUUUCAAUUAGUUAAAUUUUUCUAUUGAAUACUGUUUGUUGGUACCUAAACAAGAAAUUACUCCUAAAUUUCAGAAUUUGGAAUGAUUUUAGGAUUAAGAAAAUAAAUAUUAUGAAUGUUGAGAUUUGUAAUUUUUUACCUGGUGGUAAUUUAUUUAAAUCAUUUUUCAAAAUUUACUAUGUUUCUAAGGCACCCCACAUUUUGAACAAUAAAUCUGUCAUAUACAUCUCUCAGAAAUCUCUCUGUUACAGCAGUACUCUACUUUUUGGACUUUAUCAGCACCAUCGCACAGUAGUAAAAAUCAAUUUUGACGGGUUCUGAGAGGUGUGCAAAUUCAGAAUUUGUCUACAAAUGUGUAUAUGUAAAUUAUCAUUUUUCAGCGCAAUUUGUUUAAUGAAAUUUCAUAUUGAGGUUGCUAAUGUAACAAAGUUACAAAUUUACAAAGUAAUUUUCAAAUAUUAUAUGUACUCAAACUCGAUCACUAUUCGUUGUAUCAUAAAUCAAAUAGGUAAAAAAAUAAGUUUCAAAUAGAAAUGUAUUAUUAGAUAAUAAUACAUUUCUCAUAAUCUCAUUUAUCUUGCAAAUAUUACUCAAUUAGUUUUUAAUUUUUGUAUUAUAAAAAUGUCUAAUCAAAGUGUAUUAUCACAAACUUUUCCUCAUAGAAAAAAAAUAUAAAUUGUUGAAACUUUACAUAAGAAUCAAGAUAGGCCUCAGCAAGCAUAGUAAAUUAUAAAUGAUGUGCAUUAGUAUGUUAUAAAUAGAGUAAACUUAUUCAAACAAGUGGCUCAAGGUUCAUCCCUCUUCCCCCAGGAAAAUAUCCUAUAUGAAUUUAAAAUACUCCAUGUUAAAUGAUAUUUUUUUAACAAAAUUCAAAAUAUUCUUUCAUAAUUUACAUUCUUAUUUUUUUGAUGGAUAAAUUGCUAUUGCCUAUCUAUUUCUUUACCCAGACUCUCUUAACACCAAGCCAUUAUUUAGGCCAAAUGCGUUUUUCUGUACCUAUUGAAAACAAUUAUUAGAAUCUUUAUCUAUAGAAUAUUUAUUAUUUUUAAAUAAAAUAUUAAAACUUGUUCAAACAGCCUUUUAUUUUAUCAUGAAACUUUAAACUUUCAAUAUUUAAUUUAAUAUUUUCAAUAGGUACUUACUUAAAAAAUAAAAAACUUUAUAAUCAAUAUUAGUUUAAACACAAUAUUAUAUUGUUUUGAAAGCUAUUAAAUACUUUUCAUAAAAGGAUAAUUUGUUGACAAUACUGCAAGUGAUCUCAUUAUGCUGCCACCAUGCAGUGUACCGUACUAUAUAAGUACUUAGUAUAACAUUUUUUUGAUUGUUGCAUAAUCAAGAAAUUCAUUAUAAAAUGUCAUAUUUACGUUCCCGAAUAUAAGGUAUACUAGUGUAUUAACACAGGCAUUUUCACGGGAUGUGUAGCUGCACACUCUGCAAACAAUUGUGUCUCCAUUAAAUUUUUGAUUUAUUUGCAAAUAUUAUAGUUAUUAUUUGUAGUUCAAAUGUAUAAUAAUUUAGUAUAGCCGGAGAGCCUGAUUUAGAAUUUUACGAAUACCCACAAUGUCCUUGUGUAAAUAGGGUCCUGAGUAUAGGUACAAAUAAAAAAAAAUUUGUUUAUACAUUAAAAACUGAUAACCCGUCAGUCAUUAGCUUUGUUUGUUUUAAAAAGUUAGUCCGAACACUAAAAUGUUAAAGCGUCGUUCUGUCGUGAUUGUAUACACUGGUAUUUCAUUUUAAAACCAACGUUUUUGGUGUAAAAUAAUCACACCGAUUAAAUUAAAUGAUACAAGUAAUAGUACUCAUAUUGAUUCUAAUAAAGGUUUAAACUCAAUAUCGGUAUUUUAUUUUUGUUUAAGGAAAUAAUAUAUAAAUUAUGAUAAGUGAGUAAAGCAUAUUAUUUAUAAAAUUUAUUCCUUACCUCCUUUUGUUUUAUUUAUAUAUUUUUGAAUUCUGAGUGGAAAGAGGAAUAUAUUGGUUUUACAAUAAUGCUAUUUUAUUUAUUAUUAUUAUUAUUAUAUUUUUUUUUGUGAGAUCACUUUUUCUCCCAGAAGACUUACUCCGAUUAUCAAGUAUAGCACCUUUUCCGAAAGAAAAUGUUCUCUGGGUGGUACUAUACAGAGGUUAUUUUUCGAAAUUCUCAUUAUAUUCGAGAUAAUGAGAAAAACAAAUGAUCGAAAUAUUAAAAAUAAGGUGGUCAUUGGCAACCUUUUUUAUUUAUUUAUUGUUAUUAUUCAGUUUUUAUUAUUUGAAAAUCUUUUGUAAUCAAUCAUUGUUGACAUGGUAACGCUUAUUGUAGUAAUCAUUUUUUAUGACACCAUAAUAUGACAGAAUCUAUAUUGUUGACAAAGCAAUACUAUCAACUCCGCUCAGAAUCGUUUUUCGUUAGCAAUGGUUUAUCGUUGCUUACAGAUAAACAUUAAAUUCCCGUCUGUAUUCUACCUUCCUGACUCCUCACAACAGUAAUGGCACCCUCAUGCGAAGUAUGUCCGAUCUUUUUUUAUCUAAUUCUUAUUUCUUUAUUUCUCAUUAUUAUAAUACAUGUAAUUUAUUAAUAUAUUUUAUAAAGAUAAGUAUUUUUUUUUUUUUAAUUAGAAAUAUAGCAUAAUAAUACACAAUGUAAUAUCUAUUAUAGCUCUUCCUUAUUUUGGAAAUUGACGACUUAUGUGCAUUCUUCCCUAAUUUGUUUGUUGCUUACAAGUAUUUAUGUACCAGUCCGAACAUUCCAAAAAUGUAUUAUUAUUUAAAUAAGCGUUUAGUAAAUAAUAAAUAUAAUGUAAUUGAAUGUUGAAGACUUGAAGUUAUACAUUAUUUUUAUAUUUAAUAUAAUAUGUAAUAUAUAUUUUUUUAUGCAUUUAUCUCAGCGAGCGUAGUGUUCGAUUUUUUUUUUGUAUGCUAGGUAUAAAAUAUAGGAGGUUAACACACACAAAAAAUUUCAAAAUCAGUCCAGCCGUUUAGGAGAAAUUCAAUUACAUAUACACGGACAGAAGAAAUAUUUUCAUAAAGAUAUAUACAGGUUUUAAAUAAACUUAUACUAUAGACCAGCCAGGGCCAUCAAGUUUGGGUUCUGUCCGGUCCUACAAUUUUAUUUUUAAGCCCGGUUCGAUCCGGUGUUAAAUAUUUUGUGAAAAAAAGUCCAGGUCUGCUUCGAAAAUAAUACUAAGCUUUUAAAAAGCCCGGUCCGGCCCGAGGAUAUUUUUUUUAAGCCCGGUCCGAUCCGGUCUAAAAUAUUUUGUGAGAAAAAGCCCAUGUCCGGCCCGAAAAUAAUAUUGAUGAGACUAUUAAAUCUUAUUUUAAAAUUUGAAAAUGUCAGGCAAGUAGGUUGUUCAUAGUUGAUAUUACGGUAAUAUAUUUGUCUAUAUAAUUUAUUUUUCUCCCUCGAUUUUUCCCAUUUUAAGGGAAAAAAUAGUUUCCUGAUUUCAAUAUUUCCGGGAAUUUCGAAAGUACAUUAGUAAACUAUAGAAAACUAAUUUUUUUUCCAUGUUGCCCAUUAGAUAGAUAGAUUACAGCGUGGACAGAGUUUGACAGCUUUUUAUGUCUAUAUACUUGUCAAAAAAAAACGAGAUAACUGAAAACGGUAAAAUUAAACGAUUUUAUAUUUUAAUAAGUAAUAACUAAUAAUGUCAUUGACACCUACUACCUACUUAAUAUCAAGUAUUAUUAUAAUACUAUUAUAAUAGUUUCGUAUCCAUUAACGUGUUUGCCUUUUAAUUAAUUUUACUGUUAUACGUGUUCCAUUAUACUGCGUGGGUAUAAAUAUCAAAUUACACAAAAAUUUACGUCACCUUUAAAAAAAAAAAAAUCUAACAAUAAUUAUUUUUACAUAUUUUUAUUCCGUCUACCAGAAAUAUUAUUGAUUAUUUUUUUUACGCCGCAUUAUACAGACUAUGCGCAAGUUGUCGCGGACGGAAAAUGUUUAACAUUCGAAUACGACGCCUGCGAUAGGUAUAAAAACGAAACUUAAAAAACAAAAAAAACAAAAAACAGUUGAUAUUGUUGAUGUGUGUGCCGUGAAAAUUAUAUUAAAGUGGGUGCGCUACUGUUGUAGGUGAAAAUCGGGUGGGUGGCAAACAUAGUGAUGAUAAUAUAAUAUGUACGCUACAAUAUAACGAUACACAAUUCUGAGCGAAGUUCGGUUAGGUUAGGUUAGGCUUUGUUAACAAUAUAAAUUAAUGUAAAAUAAUUACAUAUGUCUGCACGGUAAUUCAAAUAAUGACCUUUUCAAUGCACCAACUAGAUUAUGCAAUUGGCUUUUAAAUAUAUGCUACAUUUAAAACCUGAAGCAUAAUGAUAAAAUUAAUUAUUUAUGGUAAAAGAAAAAAAAAACAUCAUAAUACAACUAAUACAUUCCUCGCCGCUUUCAGAAUAUAAAAUCUUCCCG